AGGGGGGACACGUCCCCCCCCCCCCCCCCCCCGAUUCCGCCGCCUAUGGUCUGGAGUCUUUGAUUUUGAUUGGUUGGUGAUUAGCAUUACUAUGGGAUAGCCAAAUUACCAUAAUAUUAGCUUGUAUUUGUAUGCACAGUUGCCCUGGUCUAUGAUAAAAAAAAAUUACCUACUUCAGUUGUUAUAAAAAUGUAGUGAUUAUUGCUUUUAUAUUUUGCAUUAAUAGCAAGGAUGUUAAAAGGGAUUGAAGUUCACUCAAAUGCAAACUCAAUUUGAGUUCACUCAAAUUCAAGAAUAAGAUCUUUGAAACCUUGAUAACAAUUGGGCAAAAAAAGUUAUGAGCAUGUGUAUGCUGAUAACGGCAUAGUUUAUUAUUUAUCCAAAACUACCUGUCUUCUACAGUUCAACUGGUUUCAAGGAUUUCAUUCCUAAUUAUUGUUCACAAUGAAGUUAUUUUAGAGCAUGUUUUAUUUCUUCCUAUAUAUAUAUUUAAACCAUUUGAGAUAAUUUUAAUUUUGACUCAGUAAUCUAUAAGCAUGUACUCAAUUUCUUAAGUUUAAUACUGUUUUAAUAACUAAAAGUCUCAUUACAAUUGUUCUGGCAAAAAAGGCAAAUCCCAAAUAUGCUAACCCCAAAUCUAACACUACACAUUGAUUUUGCUAACAUAGUUUUAAACAAACUUCUGUGAAACCCUAACCGUAACUAACUGUCCUUGGAUCAUUUGCCAAAAGAGCAAAUGUCACAUCAUUCUGAUAAAGGUUGCAUGCAAAAUUAUUACUGUAUCCCCACUUUUAUAAAUAAAAUUACAGAACCUAGGAGUCGCAGAAGGCAAGGUAAGCGAAGCGAUUAGAGUUGUUGCGGAAACUCUAUGUGAUGUGACCUUCAUGGAUGAGCUACCGUCUCGACAAACUCAAGGACGCUUUGCUUCUGAAAUGAAGGCAAUUUGUCGGGACCAAAUCGAGGAACAUUUUGUGUCGGAAAGAAAUACAACAUUAAAGUACGAUGGGACGACGAAAUCACGAGUUGGUCAUCUUGUAGAAUGUGAACUAGCUUCUAAAGAGAAAACAUACUUGGUAGGAUUACGCCAGCAAGCUGGAGGAACAAGCGACGAAUAUAUAAGUGCUAUCAGAGAAUCUAUAUCGGAUGUGAAUCCAUCCCUGCUCGACGGCAUAGCAAAUACUAUGACCGAUCGAGCGAGUGUGAAUACUGCAAUAGACAGAAAACUCUCUGACCUGAAAGGGGAAUGUCAUAUCAACAGCUUCAGAUGUGGGAUGCACCCUCUGGACACCCUUGGUAAGGCAUGUGAUAAUGCAUUAAAGGAGAGUGAAAGCCAAGAUAAAUAUCAUAGACUUUUCAAGAAGAGAGGGGAGAGUAAUACCGCAUGCCUCAUCAGAAAGGUAUCUGAUUUAUUCCAUAAUGAGGCAACCGGAUGUGGUAUUGCUCUUACAUCAUUUCUGAAGACUACUGGUUGUCCAGUGACAACAUUCCCAAGAUGGGUAGGAAAUCGGUUUAACAUUUUAUUUAAAUCUGCCAAGUGCUUAGUUGCAAUGAUGCCAUUUAUUUUGAAUUACUUUCAGAAAAUUCAGAAGCCCACAAAUGAUUUACAAUCAGCUUUGUACCAGUAUCUUCAAGAUCCCCACCUACAGGCUUGUAUUUGUUGUUUAGCUCUUAUUUCACUCAAGAUUACGGAGCCAUGGAUGAAGAUGCUAGGUACAGCAGAAAACAUUCUUGGAAUUAACACUGCAUACCAGGAAGCAGUCGAUUGCAUGUCGAGUUGGGAGAUGGAUCCUCAACUAAUGCUCUCUACCAAUAGAUGUGCCUUUGGAGAAUGUGUAGCUAUACCAUUCAUUGAUGACAUGAAUGAUGCUCGAAAAGCUCCUCUAUGUCCUAUCUUGGAGAAAAUGAUGCACGAAUGUGUCAUUGUGUGCAAGAGACAACUAGAAGACCAAUUGCAAGGGGGAGUGUUUUGGGAACCAGGACAGGAUCUCUGUGAAGCUGCUGCUUCAUGUUCGUCUACAAACAUAUCUGGUGAACGUCAGUUUGCCAAGGCAGACUCUCUCUUACAUAGAGCACCAAACAUUUCAGUAGGAAAGAUGGAAGCCAAGGUAAUGUUUUCCUCCAAUGACACAAGGGAUUGGUUGGAAUGUAAAUCUGCGGAAGAGAAAAAGAAAACAAUUACUUCAGCAAUGAAGAAAGGGAAGGAGGUACGUAAACAUGAUAUAAUUCUCUCAUCACAUGUAUCAAAAGCAAUAAAAGAGAAAAAUGAAGCAAACAGACUUUCACUGACAGAAAAGGAGAAGAAACACAGAGAGAAAAUUGAAGAAGUGAUAGAACAUGUAUUGGAGGAAGGUGUAAUGGAAGGCACCUCAUCAAUUGACGAAGUUCUCUCCAAGAAGACAUCAAAGACAAGCAAGAAAAAUUUUCUUACAAAUCAAAUUAAAUUUCAGCAAUUGAUUAAUCCAUCCCCAAACAAGCAAUACCUAUCGAAAUGUAAUGUUGAAGAACUACAUGAGAUCCUAGAAAAUGAGUGUGCCAGGAAUCAAGGUGAUGAAAAAAUGAAAAAUAUCCUGAUGUUGAUCAAACACCCCACCUCCCUCGUGAGAAAGAAUUUCACCCAAAAAUGGGAAGACAACAAAGGGGUGGAAGUGUGGUGGAAUGGUGUCGUUCAAAACUAUAAUGGCAAGGAAUAUGAAAUAGAGUUCAACGAAUUAGAGGAGUUCUUCUAUAUGACCCAAUCCGAAAUUAUUUGUGACAUAAUUUCUAAUGACCUUAAAAUCCUAUAAUCAUGAUAAUGACACUGUGGAUUGACGCCUAACCAAAGGACACAAGGCCAUAUUGGAACAAUAAUUGACCCUCUGAUAGCAAGGUGAGAAUCCGAACCACUAUAUGCUUCUACAACUGCCUACAUCAUGGUUAUAACCGGAGUGAUCAAACCCAAAACAAGUGGUCCAGUAUCAAAACCUUUUUCCCCUGAGCAUUAUUCCUACACAUCCAAGUCAAGGUAAGACAAUUUUCUAUUUGUUCUAUUAAGUAUGGCAAAAUCAUAAAUGCAGGCCUAAUAUAAUUAUUAUUGUAGGAAAGAUAUUUCUAAAGUAAUAUUACCAUAAAUAAUUAUCACUCACUUGUUUUCUGAGGCCCAUCUGGAUCAGCGAACAAUACGGCUUGCCUGGAACUAAAAAAAAUCCUCCAACAUAAAACUGAUUCAAGGCAACAAAAAAGAAAAGAAAAUUGGGGUUAGAUUUGAAUAAAUUUAAAAUGAAAGAGCUAGAAUAAAGAAAAAAUAAAGAAAAAACCUCCCUAAGAAGGGAACACAAACCUAAACCAUUAGUGGACCCACGACUUUCAUGAAAAAUUGGGAGGCACUAAGCUUGACCCCCCCCCCCCCCCCAAAAAAAAAAAAAAUGGCAAGAAAA